UCCAACUGUAACAUCCCAUCUGUCUAAUUUUUCUUUUUCAGAAGCUUUUCUGUCAGCAAGAGACGACAGAAACAAACUGUACUUCCUAACCCUCCUGCCUCCAUUUGUUUCAGUCUUAAAAGUAUGUUGCUUUGGCUAUAUAACCUCCAAAGAUCUUUCAAGUACACGGAAAAACCUUUUAAAAAUCCAGACGUUCACACUCUAGUCCUCAUAAUUUAAGUCUUAACAUGUAUAUCAUGUGCGUGGUCGAUUUCAUGUUUAUUGAUAUAUUGAAACUGGUCAAGCCCACCAAUUGUAAUGAUACAAGGAUGGAUAUGAACCAAGUUUAGUGAACCCACAUCAUAGCCUUAAGGUGAUGCUGUUUUAGUAUAUAUAUGCUUAACAUUAAGGUAGUUAUAUGUGAAUCAAGGUAACCUUUUUUAUUAUUCUCUCAAGUCCAUUCCCGAUAUAUUUCCUUCAUCACCUCCUACUAGCAUGGAUUUCAAUUCCACACCAUCGCCUUCGGAGGCAUGUCCAGAGACGAUGGACUUCCUUUCGCGUGCAUGGUGCGACUUUGCAGUUCAUGCUCUACAACCUGAGUUACAUGAUCAAUCGAUUUUCAUCUUAGACAAUCCAACCAAGAAAUUUGAAAGUGACUCCCCAAUCUCAUUCACGAAGAUGGAGAAAAGCAUAAAGAUUGAUGCUACUGAUUUCAACUCUUCUUUGCCACCAUGGAAAUCCAAUGAUGUGAAGUCAUGGAUAUGGAUGCAACAAGCUAUGCAUCCAGAACUGAAUUACAACAGCUGUCUUCGAAAGAAAUGGAUACCGUGGAAGAUAGUCCCCUUUAAGGGUAUUUCAAUCAAGAAAUGGUUGAAGGAGAUGAAAGCAAAGAGGAAAGAAGAAGAGAGACUACAAAGAGCUGAAGUGCACGCAGCAAUAUCAGUGGCAGGGCUAGCAGCAGCACUGGCUGCGAUUGCCGCUGAAACCUCGAAAAGGAAUGAUUGUAACCCAACCAAGGAGGCUGCUAUAGCCUCGGCAGCUGCUCUGGUUGCCACACAAUGCGCCAAAGUGGCAGAAGCAAUGGGGGCUAAGAAGGAGCAGCUUGGCAGUGUUAUAGGUUCAGCCAUGAGUGGUACAAGUGCAAGUGAUAUCUUAACACUAACUGCAUCAGCUAAUGCAUCAUUAAGAGGAGCUGGUACACUUAAAGCAAGAACAGAAUGCAAGAACAGAUCCAGUGGCGGUGCCCCCAUCCUUCCAAUCGAGGACAACAAUGAUCUUCCGUUCGAGUUUGAGAAGUGCAGGUCAAUACUAGCAAAGGGCGCCGAGUUAGGUGUAGAAACACCUGAUGGGAAAUACAUGGUCAGAUCAGUGUCCAUUGCACUUGAUGGUGAAUCAAAGGUCAUUCUUAAAUUAAGAAAGCUCAGCCUGUUAAAAAGCAAGAAAGAAUGCAUUGUACUGGACCAGCAUGCCGAGCUGUAUAGAGAUCCCGAAGCUGAAGAGACUACUGAUACAUGUUAUGUAAUCGUGUUGACGACAAAUUUUGGGACGAUUAAGCUAGACAUGGUAGAUGAUUAUCUAUGUUAUAAGACAUGGGCAACAACCAUUCAUCACAUGCUCAUGCUUUCCACAUCUUAUACCAAAUAUCAACUUCAAUUCCCCAAAAACUGAAAAUGUUUUUCAGUUAUAUGCUGCAUUACAUGCAUCUAUUUUGAAUAUUUGUUAUAGUGUUGUAUAUCCAUUUACAUUGUAAUAACUGUUGUUGGACAAAGUAUGUUUAAUUGGUUGUUAGAUUUUGAAA